CUUUCCGUAGUCUGGUUGCUCUUUGCCCGGUCGGGGCUGUCAGUGAGCUCGGUGGGUCGGUCGGUGAUCGGUCAUGGCCUCUAGCGGCUCUAUCCAGAUCCCCCGGCGGCUGCCGCUUCUCCUGACCCAUGACGGGGUGCUCCUGCCCGGCUCCAGUAUGCGGGUGAGUGUGGACUCUCCCGGGAACAUGGAUCUGGUGCGGAACCGGCUGCUGAGAGGAACCUCCCUGAAGAGCACGAUCAUCGGUGUGAUCCCCAACACCCGGGACCCGACUACUGACACUGAGGAGCGCCCCGUCCUACACAGGAUCGGAACAGCGGCGAUAGCCGUGCAAGUUGUUGGCAGUAACUGGCCCAAACCGCACUACACCCUAUUGGUCACCGGCCUGUGCCGAUUUCAGAUCGCGGAGAUUGUGAAAACCCAACCCUAUCCAGUCGCUGAGGUGGAGCAACUCGAUCGCUUGGAGGCCUUGAGCACUAAAGAGGAGUUUAAAGAGGCCUUGGGGGAUCUGUCCGAACAGUUCUACAAGUAUUCUGUUCAGCUGGUGGACAUGUUGGAUAAUUCAGUGCCGGCAGUUGCCAAGCUGAAGAAACUUUUGGAUAAUCUUCCUCGGGAGCUUUUACCGGACAUCCUGAUAUCAAUCAUUCGGACAACCAAUGAGGAGAAGCUUCAGAUUCUUGAUGCUGUUGGGUUAGAAGAGCGAUUUAAGGUGACCAUCCCACUCUUGCUGAGACAGAUUGAAGGGCUGAAGCUGCUCAACAAAACCAGAAACCCCAAAAUGGAUGAAGACAAAAGGGUGGUAGCCAUUCGCCCUCUGAAGAAGCUAGGCGGGAUCUCGGGUAAAGGCUUCUCCCUGGAAAAUGCAGAUGACGACGACGACGAUGCAGAUGACAUCAUCAUGUUGGAAAAAAAGGUGAAGUCCUGUAACAUGCCGGAGCAAGCGCUGAAGGUCUGCACAAAAGAAAUGAAAAGGCUGAAGAAGAUGCCACAGUCCAUGCCCGAGUAUGCCUUAACCAGGAACUACCUUGAACUGAUGUCUGAGCUGCCCUGGAGCAAAAGCACCCGAGAUCGCUUGGAUAUCCGCGCUGCACGGAUUCUCCUGGAUAAUGAUCACUACGCCAUGGCAAAGCUGAAGAAGAGAGUUCUAGAAUACCUGGCUGUACGUCAGCUAAAAAACGACCUCAAGGGCCCUAUCCUCUGCUUCGUUGGACCCCCUGGCGUGGGCAAAACCAGCGUAGGAAGAUCCAUUGCCAAGACUUUGGGCAGAGAGUUCCACAGGAUUGCGUUGGGUGGAGUGUGUGACCAGUCUGAUAUCCGUGGGCACAGACGUACCUAUGUGGGCAGCAUGCCUGGCCGUAUAAUAAAUGGACUGAAGACUGUCGGAGUGAAUAACCCCGUGUUCCUCCUAGAUGAAGUGGACAAGCUGGGGAAAAGCCUGCAGGGGGACCCGGCAGCUGCACUAUUGGAGGUGCUGGACCCCGAGCAGAACCACAACUUCACAGAUCACUAUCUGAACGUGCCCUUUGACCUUUCCCAGGUCAUUUUCAUUGCCACGGCUAAUACAACCGCCAGCAUUCCACCUGCCCUCCUGGAUCGCAUGGAGGUCCUGGAGGUUCCUGGAUACACUCAGGAAGAGAAGAUUGAAAUCGCACACAGACAUCUCAUUGCUAAACAACUGUCACAGCAUGGACUGACCCCUCAGCAAAUACAGAUUCCACCUGAAACCACACUGGAAAUUAUCACCAGAUAUACGCGUGAAGCGGGGGUCCGAUCACUGGACAGGAAGCUGGGAGCCAUUUGCAGAGCAGUUGCAGUGAAAGUUGCUGAAGGACAACACAGAGAAGCCAAGCCAGACGCCGCAGAGACUGUCGCUGUCGAAGAUGGCAAAGCCGGCCUGUCAGAGGACUCCAGAGCUCGGGACAUCGGUGACCCCGCAGACUUGACCCUCCCUCCCGAAAUGCCAAUACUGAUUGACCAUCACGCACUGAAGGAUAUACUUGGAGCACCAAAAUACGAGAUUGAGGUGUUUGAGAGGCUGAACCAGCCCGGCGUGGCCAUUGGCCUGGCCUGGACUCCGCUGGGAGGAGAGAUCAUGUUCGUGGAGGCCAGCCGUAUGGACGGGGAAGGACAGCUAACCCUCACCGGACAGCUGGGCGACGUCAUGAAGGAGUCGGCUCAUCUCGCCAUCAGCUGGCUGCGCAGCAACGCUAAGAAGUAUCAGCUGACCAAUGCGUCUGGCAGCUUUGAUCUCCUUGACAACACCGACAUUCAUCUGCACUUUCCAGCUGGGGCCGUCACAAAGGAUGGUCCGUCUGCGGGCGUUGCCAUAGUAACCUGCCUUGCCUCGCUCUUUAGCGGCAGGCUGGUGUCUUCAGAUGUUGCCAUGACUGGAGAGAUCACAUUGAGGGGCCUCGUCCUACCUGUCGGUGGCAUUAAAGACAAAGUCCUGGCGGCGCACAGAGCUGGACUGAAGCGGGUGAUUAUACCGCAGAGGAACGAGAAGGAUCUAGAAGAGAUUCCGGUCAACGUCAGAAGGGAUCUGAAUUUUGUUUUCGCGACGGCCCUGGAUGACGUCCUGAACGCGGCGUUCGAUGGAGGAUUCCUGCUGAAAAGCGGGCAGGAGCUGCUGAACAGUAAACUGUGAUUCCAUCUCUCACUCUACACAGCGGAGGGAUCUCUUCUCACAUUUCUUCUGCAGUUUGCACCUUAUUUUUAUUUUUUUUAUUGCGGAAGCAGAUUGAAAAUUGCCUGUACUGCUGCUGGUACACAGCGCCACUCACUGUAGGCAGGGCCGCCAAAAAGAGUGUACCGGGCCUGCUGUAGCAGUGCGAAGGGGCGCAGGGACAAUUACAGAGCAAUGCACGGUGUCUGUGUGUCUCGCUCCAGCAGCUGAAAGCCAGUUUCUCCCUCUCUCCCUGGCUUUCAGCUGCUGGAGGGAGAGACACAGACGCAAUGCAUUGUUCUGUUAUUGUUGUCAAGUCAAACUGCACCCUGGGCUGCCCACAUCUGAUUUCCCCCCAUGUGCCCGGGGUCGUCGUUAUCUCCGCAGCGCCUCAGGCUACCCUCUCCAGCUGCUGCAGGGGGCUGAAGAGUGGAGGAGGAAGGGGCGGGUAAAUGUUUAAUUUACCGAACCCUUGCUUUUCUGAAUUGGACACAGUGAGCAAUUCGUAACAAGCGCACCUGUGUCUGUUUAUAACAGCAUAGUAAACUGUGUUUACUAUGCUUCGGUUUAUGAACGAACAGGAGCCUCUCUGUGCAACUGAGGCUACAGAGAAAGGAUAUGAAGAAUCUGUGUCCUUGAUUGCUUUUUGUUGUCUCAAAGGUGAGAUGUCAGGGGUCCAAACUCCUCCCCCCUUCAGCGUUGUAAAAAUACUUGAAAAAGAAAGUCAUUUAAAAAAAACGUAAACUAUAAAAAAAAAAAAAUUUAAUUGACAAAAAAUUUAUUAAAAAAAAUUGGAAAACAUCAUUAAAACAUUUUUUUGAAUAAAUUGGGGGGGAGGGGGAGCGCUUUAAUCGGUCUGAUAUUCAAAACAUUUAGGCUAAAUUUCACCUUUAAUUUACAGAUACGAAAAGAAAUGAAGCACCAAUAUAAAUGGCUAACAAUUUAAAGAGUAAAAAGUGAAUGUUUAAUUUUCCGAUUUACAUGAAAGUGAAAUGUAAUCAGAAAACUUAAUAAUAAUAAAUGUCAGUACUGUUCAUGUUUAUGUACUUGUUAAUUACAUAUUGAUUGCUCAGAGGAAAAAAAUGUACAAAUAAUUAUUUUAAUUAAAAAAAAAUUAAUCUAAAA